AACGAUCUUCUGGUCCCAGCGAUGUGCUCAGGACAGUGACCGCACUUCUCCAACCACCCUCCUCCCCUAAGUGGCACUUUUUGCCUGGAACUUAAAUUUUUAUUUUAAAAGAGGAUGACCUCAAGCAUCGUCCAGCUCAGAAAGGCCCCGCGAUUCCAACAGACCAGCUCAGAAAAACUAGAAAUGGCCCUAAGAAGUGACAAGGAAAAGUGAAGGAGUUUACGAAGCCCGGCCAGCUCCAACUCCUGCAGGACGCACACUCCAGCUCCCACUAGGGGAGCUGUCGGGGCCGUAGAUCCCUCGUCGCAGAGAUGAGGUCGAGUAAUUUCCAAAAGGGGAUAUUUGCUCACAGAAGAACCAAGGAAGCCGGUGGGAUUAGAGUAGCGGCAAUCACUCAGCCUUCCACAUAACCGCGCCCAGCGCCGCCUGCUCCCGCAGUACCGAUAGUGAACGCAAGACAUUUAGUACUCCUGUUUCCAGAGCUAAGACCCGCCGCCAGGGCUGAGUCCGAAAACCGCCAGUCCCUCUGCGAAAGCCCGAUCACACGUCUGCGUGUGAUGAUGCCGCGUGCGGGCGCUACCGGAAGACCGCCUGACGGAGCGGCAGAAUUUUCUCUCCCAAUCUCCGGCCGGAUCUCCCUUUCACUUCCGGUCCUCCCUUUCAUUUCCGGUCCUUUUCUUUUACGUUUCCGACAAAACAUAAGGCUCUGUGGGCAGUUAGAAUCCUCAGUUCCUGCGAGCGUCCGCUUCGUCUGGGCACUUCCGGUACUCCCAUUCAGUUCCGGUCCUUGUCUUACGUUUCCGGCAAAACAUCAGUGUCUGUGGGUAGUUGGAAUCUUCAGUUCCUGUGAGCGUCGGCUUCGUCUGGGCACUUCCGGUACUCCCGUUCACCUCCGAUCCCUUUCUUCUACGUUUCCGACAAAACAUCAAUGUCUGUGGGUGGUUAGAAUCUUCAGGUCCUGUGAGCGUCGGCGUCUUCUGGGCCUGUGGAGUUUCUUGGACAGGGGCCGCAGGGCUCCAGGACGGCGCCCUUAGCGACACCAUGGCCCGAAAUGCAGAAAAGGCCAUGACGGCCUUAGCAAGAUUUCGCCAGGCUCAGCUGGAAGAGGGAAAAGUGAAGGAACGAAGACCCUUUCUGGCCUCAGAAUGUACUGAACUGCCUAAAGCUGAGAAGUGGAGACGACAGAUCAUUGGAGAGAUCUCUAAAAAAGUGGCUCAGAUUCAGAAUGCUGGUUUAGGUGAAUUUCGAAUUCGUGACCUGAAUGAUGAAAUUAACAAGCUGCUAAGGGAGAAAGGACACUGGGAGGUCCGGAUAAAGGAGCUGGGAGGUCCUGAUUAUGGAAAAGUUGGCCCUAAAAUGCUGGAUCAUGAAGGAAAAGAAGUCCCAGGAAACCGAGGUUACAAGUACUUUGGAGCAGCAAAAGAUUUGCCUGGUGUUAGAGAGCUGUUUGAAAAAGAACCUCUUCCUCCUCCCAGAAAGACACGUGCUGAGCUCAUGAAGGCAAUCGAUUUUGAGUACUAUGGUUACCUAGAUGAAGAUGAUGGUGUUAUUGUGCCUUUGGAACAGGAAUAUGAAAAGAAACUCAGAGUCGAGUUAGUGGAAAAGUGGAAAGCAGAGAGAGAGGCUCGGCUGGCAAGAGGAGAAAAGGAAGAGGAGGAGGAAGAGGAGGAAGAGAUCAACAUCUAUGCAGUCACCGAGGAGGAGUCGGACGAGGAAGGCAGCCAGGAGAAAGGAGGGGACGACAGCCAGCAGAAGUUCAUUGCUCACGUCCCUGUUCCCUCGCAGCAAGAGAUUGAGGAGGCACUGGUGCGAAGGAAGAAAAUGGAACUCCUCCAGAAGUAUGCAAGCGAGACCCUGCAGGCCCAAAGUGAAGAAGCCAGAAGGCUCCUGGGGUAUUAGGACCCAGCUGGGGCUCUCCUUGGAGUUCUUCCAUCCCCCAGUGGUACCUCAGGACCCAGGGCUGCAGACACAGGCUGAUGCUGCAAGGGCUCCUGCCCCAUUCUCAGCCUUCCUUCCCUCUCCUUGUCUCAUGUUGACCGGAGGGUAGGGGUCUGUCGCUGGUCUUCCUGGUAGGUUUUGUACACAUAUUUUGCUACUGUGUGGAUCCAUUUAUUUUUAUUGUGGAGUGUAUACAACAGGUUGCGAACUGGCUGCCUGUGUCUUAUUUUGACUUGCACUGCGACUUUGAGGGGAGAAGAAUCAAUUAGUGGCAAACAUUUAAAAAUGCAAUUUUUUGCAGACCAAAGUAUAAUUUUAAAAAAUGCAAAUUUUCUAAAAGACACAUCUCUUGAAAAAUGAGAUGAUGUGGCCAGGCGCAGUGGCUCACGCCUGUAACCCCAGCACUUUGGGAGGCCGAGGCGGGCGGGUCACGAGGUCAAGAGAUGGAGACCAUCCUGGUCAACAUGGUGAAACCCCAUGUCUACUAAAAAUACAAAAAAAUUAGCUGGGCGUACUGGCAUGCACCUGUAGUCCCAGCUGCUUGGGAGGCUGAGGCAGGAGAAUCACUUGAACCCGAGAGGUGGAGGUUGAAGUGAGCCAAGAUCGUGCCAUUGCACUCCAGCCUGGUGACAGAGUGAGACUCUGUCCCCCCCCAAAAAAAAAAAAAAAAAAAAGAUGGUAUGUCAGCCCUGAGCACGCAACCCACAAGUCAAUGACCAGGUCCCUCUGUGUUGGUUGCUGCUCUGGGCUCUCCGUUAGCCCCCCUCCACCUGCUCCACUCGCUCCUGCCUGGGUGGCAGGAAUUUGAGUUUGCUAUUCCUGUUUUAUAACCUGUUCUGCAGAAACCUAUUUUUAUUAAAGAUUUUUAUAAGAAAGGGAAA